AUGUUUCUGCCCCUGAGACUAAAUGACCGAGAACGGAAUAGGAAGCUUUCAUCAUCGUCAUCUACCUCGCUUAAACAAAAACACCGCCAACACCGUUCCUCGUCCCAGAAACAAUCUAGCCGUCCCUCGACCAAGGACCCGGACGACCCCGAACCACCGGUCCGUGCCUCUACCCCUGCCGCCUCCGCUCCCAAGUCCCGCAAACAACGUCGGUCCUCUAUGCCCGGCCUCGACAGCGCUAGCCGCUCCGGCACGGCGUCCUUCCUCGAGUCGAGAACGAGCUUACCGUACCCCACGUUUUCGAAGGCUCAUAGCAGGGAGGCCGUUGGCAAGCCGGGCGUCCCUACACCGGAUCCGACCGAUUUGACCGAGCAGGAUCGGGAUGAUGACGAUAAGGAGGAUAGCAAACAUCAGCGCCAUGAUAGUCAACAUGCGCCCCCGAGUCCCCCGUUGACGAGCGUGGAUCAGCACUCGCGCAAGGGAAGUACUGUCGACGACAAGGGAGAGAAAACUGAGAAGCCGAAGGAAAAGACUAAGAUCAGAAUCAAGACAGACUUGAACCGCUCAUCAUCAAGUCUACGCGCAAAGAAGGACGAUGGCAGCAAGUCGAGCAAGGCUACCGUGCGACCGGAGACCCCCAAGUCAACGUCGAAACGUUCAAGUCAUAGCAAAGAGACUCCGUCCCACAAGCCUUCCAAGUCAAAACUCGAUUCGGAACGGAAACGAACCCCCACCGUCUCUCCUCCUCGCUCUCCGCCAACCGUCCGAGAUGCAGGUUCGGGCUCUGCUAACGGCUCCGACGCAACUAUUGCGGCUCCUCGCCAGUCCCCUCACAGAGUCAAAAGCCCCGAGAAGCCGCCGUCGCGCAACCAGACGCGCUCUGCCAUGUCGAAUCGUCCGGCAUCCGCAAACCGCAACCGCACGCCUUUUGAGAUUGCGAUGGAGUAUGGACGUCCGCCAACCGUCGGCUCCACGUACGGCACGCCGCCCCCGCCCCCGCCUCCGCCAGAUGUCCCUGUUUCGAACCCGCGUGUUGAUUAUCUUCUUCAGAACGGAGGGUUGGAGCACCAGGUGCCUAAGUCUCUGCUUCUGAACACAGUCUUCGGUGAUCAACCACAGGUCCAGCCUCACCUUGCGGCUAGUAGAGUUUUCGAGCCUUUCAGCCGCCUUCUAGAUGACUACCAGACUGUUGUAAAUAAGAGUGGUUCGCUCGCGGUAGCCACCGGGUCUCGUUCCGUGGCUCGUCGCCUGCUCGACCGACUAGAAGCCGUUUUUGCACGCGACAUCUCUUCGGAAUCGUGCCGAUGCUUGAUGUGUGAGCAUGAUGAGCUGGAGGAUAUCCCGUCAGGUGUUAGCUGGGGUGAAGUGUUGGAGCUAGUUUCCGGCCGUCGGGAGCUUCCUAGCUGGCCGCCAUUUAUACUCACAACCGAGUUGGGUGCUGCUGAGGUGUCUGGUGAAGAACACAUUCCGAUGCAGAAAAUGGACAUUGACGUCCCGGAAGAGUACCGCGACCAUUUCCUCCGGCAGUCCCGCAAGACGAAACUCGCCGUGGACAGGUGGCUGACGGAGCAGGUCGAGCAGCCUACAAGUGCGCCGGAGGAGGUAGACGAUGAGACGCUGACCUUCGCCAUGUUAACCCAUCUCGGAACAGAGCAAAGACCGAUCUUCCGGGCCCUGCUUGGGAUUUCAUCCACAUCGCCGACUCCGCGGCCAGACGGGAAGCCUCGGGAACGGCCCGAUGCUCUGGUUUCUUCAUCCUAUGCGAUCCAACGACUGUACCGCCUGUCAUCUCGACCUCGGGACCCCGAAACCGCGAUGUACAUGCUGAAUAACCCCGGAAUUCACCACGUCUUAGCCACUCUUGCAGCCAUCAGUGACGACGAAUGGGAUAUCCUGAUCUCAGGCCGCUUCGACGGGUUUCUCCGCAGCGGAGCAGAGGAUUCCCUCCCCAACGGCACGCCCACCCGAUGGAGCGCCAGCCGCUCAAACACUCCGUUCAGCGCCGCCGGCGGCCGAAUGUCCCGCGGCCCAACACCCAGCCCGCUCGACCGCCCAAUGAGCCAGCCCUACGGCGGUCCCGGCUCCCCCGGCUCAUUCGGCGGUCCGAUCGCUCUCGACGAGGAGAUGGAGAUUGCGGCGCUGGCCGAAGUCGAGCGAGAGAUCUACGCUGGGAUGGAGGCACUCGAAGACGCAUUUGAGGCGCUGCAUUGCAAAGCGGAAGCUGUGCGUCUUGCCCUGCGUGAGCGCGGCGCUGGACUGUCCAUCGCCAACCAGAACCGUCGCGGCACAUUCGUUGAAGCGCGCCUUGGCACUCCGGCCUCUCAGUAUCCGUGGGAAAGCGGUACGGACGAUGAUUUCCUCGACGAUACGUACUCUCUUGCGCCGGAUGACUCGGCGAGUAAUAUUAGCUCUAAUCGCCGGCGCCGCCCGAAGAGGCGUACUGAGCGCCGUACCCCUGCGCCCGUGGAAGAGGAAGAUGAGGGCGAAGACGGGGAGCCUAUCGCGCGAAGGGAUAGUCGGAACUCCAGGCGACGAUGA